UCUAGAUGCUGGAAAUGAGUAUCCUCCCAUAUUUAAUGUUUAUUUUCUUGGUUGCGUGUCACUCUCAACGCGUUUGCUGAACCUACCUAAUUACUUUUUAAUAUCGUGCGUGCCUACUUGGUUAAAAUGAGAAUGAGGAAGGCUAGUAGUAGUCUCUGGUUAAUUCCGCUGCUGCAAUUCUCUCCUUCCGCUGCAGAGUACGUUUGGCCCUCCGAACAGGACUGGAUCGAGGAUUUGCUUACUCUGCAGUCGGGAUACAUACGGAAUGGCUUCAUCGAUGCCGUAAACCCUUGCUCCUUCGCCGCCCAGAACCCAGGCCGGCAGAACGCGGCUGAAUGGCUCCGCACAGCUUUCCACGACAUGUCGACUCAUGACGCAGGGGCCGGCACCGGUGGGCUGGAUGCCUCCAUCAUGUUCGAGACGGAGCGGCCAGAGAAUGUCGGUGUGGCAUUCAACGCCACGCUGGGAUUCAUGGUCAAUUUCCACACUGUCAAGUCCUCCGCCGCCGAUCUGCUGGCGCUGGGCGUCUACUCGGUGCUGGGCACCUGCGGGGGACCUCAGAUUCCCUUCCGCGCCGGACGAGUUGAUGCUAAAGACGCCGGGCCCGAGGGUGUGCCUCUGCCCGAGCAGAAUAUCGCCACGCAUGUGGACAAGUUCGCCAUGGCCGGGUUCAACACGAGCGACAUGAUAGCUAUGGUGGCCUGCGGACACACCUUAGGCGGCGUUCAUGGCAAAAACUUCCCCGACAUUACGGGGAACUCGUCGGACGAGAACUUUGUCUUCUUUGAGAACAGGACACAUUCUUUCGCCGAGUUUGACAACGCUGUUGUAACGGAAUACUUUGACGGCACAACCACAAACCUGCUCGUUGUUGGGGCAAACGACACGACAAACUCGGACAAGCGCGUCUUCGCCGCCGACGGCAAUGCCACCAUCGAAGCCCUCUCUGACCCGGAGGAGUUCAAGCAUCGAUGCCAGGACACCCUAGCACGCAUGGUCGACACGGUGCCUGCAGCAGUCAAGCUGACGGAGCCCAUCACGCCGUUCGACAUCAAACCCUACAUCAACGCGCUCGAGCUGAAUGCCGAGGGCGACCUGGCCUUCGUGGGGCGCAUCCGCGUUCGCACGUCUGACAGCACGGGAAGGGACCCGGAUGAUAUCGGCGUUCAUCUGACGUACAGCGACCGCGCGGGGGCGGACGUGUGCACCACAAUCCCAACGACACGCCCGACGUUGCAGCUUGGCAUGUCGACCGGGCUCUUUGGCGAGCGCUUCACCUGGUAUGAGUUCAACACGACUCUUGACGCCGCGGCGGGAGUCAGCAGGUUCAACGUGCACCUCACGACUCUGUCAACGAACAUGACCGAGGUUUACGAUAAUGGCGGGGCUGGGUUCCCGCUGACGGAUGCGCUGCUGUAUCAGUUAUCGCAGUCGUGCCUUAACACGGCUGUUGUGGAUGGGAAGAUGGACUUGACUGUCACGGCCGCGGUACGCGGGGAUCAACAGGCUGAUGAUUUGGAGCUGCGCCUGGUGCGGAGGGUUCCACGGCAGGGUGUUAUUGUGCCGGCUAUGGAGGUUCAGGAGGUUGAAUUUCGGGACAGUGGGGUGACGAAGGGCGAGUACAGGAUAUUUCGGUCGCGUUAUCGGAUUGAUGGGCAGAACUGGGCUACGACAUUCGAUAUUGCUCUUGGUGAUGGGGAGGACAGCAAGAUGGUUGAGUUUCAGAAAACCAGCCUGUUGUUUGGAAAGGCGUGCGAGGAGUUGUAGAUGUCAUUGCCUUUGCUGUUGUGCUUAAUGGAUUGUGGCCAUGCUCUGUGGUAUAUAUCUGGGUAGAAUAUAUGUCUGUGGCAUCAUGAUAGAAAAAGCCUG